GAUAUUGAAUGUUACCACAAGAAAAAAAAACAUCUGCAAACUUAUGUUUACAAGAAGACGAAAGCGCGAAUAUAUAGUUACGAUUAAUACAUAUGAGACAUGAAACUAUAACAAAGCAUUGUUGGCAAAGGAAAAUAAUCGUCGAUAGAUCUAAUAUCAUCAACAUUACGGAAAUGAAGUCAAACAAGCUCGUUAUAAUUGUUCUUUUCCUGGUUGCGUUUUGUUUGCCAGAGAUGUUGGGAUCAGGUGGUGGUAAUUCUGGUUGUAAAGCGCGAGCAUUUUUUUAUGGACCAGAAUGCAGGGCCUCAGUAUCUGGAAGACCGGACGCUAGAAUAUCAUAUCAUAUCGGCUUUUUUAAAAAGACAAAACUUUGCUGCAAAGCGUAUACCUGUCUUAGAAAUAAGUGCAGUCUACAAAGUGUGGGAUGUAGCAACAACGUACAGUUGGAAACAGUAAGUCUGCCCUGGGAUAACGCCGUUGAGACGCCAAGGGUGCAAUGUAAAGGCAGUCCUAAUGAAACAAAUUAUUACUUUUUUUAUUAUACGACAAGAACAUAAAACAUUUUUCACGAAUGUCUACACGUUUUAAAGAACAUACCUUCAAAUGUGUGAGUAUAUGUUUGUGUUGAUUAAGAAAUUGUAAUAAUGAGUAAAAUAUUUACAAAUCAUACAAGAAUUCUACCUGACGUACUCAACAUCAAUGACAAACAAAAAUAAAACUCUCAAAUAUCACAGGGUAGAAUAUUUGUGAUACAAUAGUAUAUUUUUCAAUUUUGUUUUGUAAGAUAAACAAAGCGGAUAGCUUAUAUUAAAGCUUUUUUUCUAGGAAUAAAUAUGUUUUUAAUUAUUUUAAUGUUUUGAAAGAAAUUCUUAACUAAAAUUGAUGCUUUCCAUUUGAAGUUGAUUUGUCUUGAAUGGAUACAUUUUCUACGGGUAUUUCAAAUAUUGAUAAAAACAAUAGGAGUGUAUCAUAUAGAUAUUUUUUUCAUAUAAUAUUGCUGUUAAAAAUUGUUGAUAAAUUCCUAAGUGAAGUAGUAUGAACAUUUAAAUAAGAUGAAUAAUAUUAUUCUUUUUCUAGAUCGAUUUAUUACCUGCUAUAUGAAUAUUUGUAAUAUCAGUUCAUGUAUCUCAAACUUGCAAACAAUAAUCAUAUAUGAGCCGUGCCAUGACAAAACCAACAUAAUGGGUUUGCGACCAUCAUGGAUCCAGACCAGUCUGAUCAGGAUCCAUGCUGUUCGCUUACCAACUCUAUUACAAGUAGAGAAACUGAUAAUCCUGAUCAGACUGCGCGAAUGCGCAGGCUGGUCUGGAUCCAUGCUGGUCGCAAACCCAUUAUGUUGGUUUUGUCGUGACGCGGCUCAUAUCAUUCUUUUGUGGUUAGUUGUUAUGUCUGAUACUAAAUAUAAUCAACAUAAUUAUUUAUAUUAUAACAGAUAGUCCAUUAUAGACCAAUUCACUUUAAAAGCGGGCUUUGCAGAUAACCGUCUGCACAAAUAACAAAACUACAAAUUGUAAUUAGAAGAAAAGAUAUGCAAAUAUACAUAUAUGAUGUCAUGGCUUUUAUACCUAAAUUUGUGUUGUUAAUUUUACAUUCAGAAAAGAUUUUACGAAUUUACUUUUUUUUCAAAUAUAUAGAUCUACCAUGCUGAAAUUUGUAAUUCAAAAAUAUUGAUAAUUGCUACGCAGUCUCUUUGUAUGUAUAAAAUAAACAUGGUUUGAAUUAUUCCCAUGUAAAUAUAUCAUGUUUUAUACCCUAUAUAGUAUAGGUUGACACAAUAUCAAUAUACAUGUAUUGUGUCAUUAAAAGAGCUGGAAGUUUAUUUUAAAAGAAAAUAAAAUUAGUUUAUACAAAUUUA